AUGGGCGUGCUUAUCUCCAUUCUCGUCGGCACCGUUAACGCCAUUGUCGCCGCCAUCGUCGGCAUUUUCGAACUCAUCUUUGGAGGGAUUGCCUGGCUGAUAACGGGCAUCCUCUGCUGUGGCUUCUGCGAGCUCUGCUGCCGCCCGGGCGCGGGCGUGGGGACAGGGCCCGGAGUAGGCGCGGGCACCACGACGCGCACCACGACAGGAAGACGCGGGCUCUUUGGCCGCCGCAGAAGAGGACUGGGCGGCGGAGCCGGAACUGGCCUUGGAACUGGUGCUGGAGCCGGUGGGCUCGGCACUGGAGGCGGGCUUGGUACCGGAGGCGGACUGGGUACUGGCGGCGGGCUCGGCACUGGCGGCGGGCUCGGUACGGGGGGCGGCGGCAUGGGCGGAGGUUAUGGCACCGGAGGCGCAGGCGUCGGUACGACGGCUGGUGGUCUGGGUAGGGCCUACUGA